AUGUUACAAAACGUCCAAGAUAUAGAAGAUCGUAUACUUCGUGACUCGCGUAGAACACAAAAUCUCGCCGAUAGUGUAAAGCAACGGUCAUACGCUUAUACCGAUAUUAUGAUGGAAUAUGAAAAAUUACAAAUACGAGAACGAGAUCUUCUGAGAGAUAUCUUUACACUACAAUCGCAACCAUUAUCUGGUGAUAAAGAAGGCGAAUUUGAUUCGUUAUCAGACUAUCAAAAAGAGCGGUUGAGAAGUUUGCAGCGAAAGAAUGCUGAAGUAGAAAAAGAAAGACGAAUUAUUCAAGAGCAACUAGAAGAAUUAAUUUCAACAAAUCGAUCAGAUAUGUCAUUGUCAAUAUAUAAUACUCCUCACAGACUAUUACGUGAAUUAAAAGAUCAAGAAGAUUUAAAUGAAAAUGCAUUAAAUUCUCUUAGAAUGAGGCUUUUUGCAGAUAGAUCUUUAUCACUUUCGAGAGUGUCUUCUUUACCGACGUCAUACAAUUUUAACAACAAAUAUACUCGUUCGAGAGAAAAUUUUGGUGACGAUGUAAGAACAUUCAGAAAUGAUUAUCUGAAAUUUGGUGGACACAACCCAGCACUUCUGGCACGUUAUACUGAUCUUGAAUAUAAACUUAGAUCAUACGAAAAUAAUAAUGAUUGGAUGGGAAAUAAUCCAGAACCACUCACACCGUACAGGCAUCGCUCCAGAGAUGAAGUGGAUGAUCGUUUCAGACAGUUCAAUACUGAAAACAAAAAAUUACUAAAUGAUGUUGAUUCUCUACAGAAAAAAUAUCGAAACUUGAAUACAGCUAUGUACAAUCAUCCACAUGAUCGUUCACUGCUCGAACCAGUAACGCCGUAUGGUGCUGAUGGAUAUCGUCCGCAUCACCAUCAUCCUCCCCAGUACUAUCCUACCAGAAGAUCACCUGUUUCAUUUCCAGCAAUAUCUACCCGUUCACCAACAUACGAUCCCCACUACCGUGAUUACCGACCACCUACGACAACGAAUGUACGAUCAGAACAACCAUUACGUUUAGACCAAGAUUUACGUUAUAAAACUCCUCGAACAAUGGCUCGUAGCACUCCGACAAGAAGUUUACUUUUAUCGAAUAUGAAUAAAUUACGCGAUCCACUGGAUCCGUCGCCGUAUGAUCCCGUUGGCGGUUUUGUAAUAUUUUUUGAUUUUAUUUUGAAUUUGGAACAACCAACUGAAUUAUGUCGUCUGGUUACAUGCCUACAUCAUCCAAAAUUAGGACUCGGUGAACCGUCACAGUUACAAUCGUUCACAUGCGAAACAUUCACCGAUCAAAAUGGAUACAAAAUGAGUGUUGCUCUAAUUGCCACAAAACAGCCCGUUCCACGUUGUCCACCACAACAAGCGUUAACUAUCAUUAUCGAAAUUCAAACAGCCGCUCAUCAACCGCAUUAUACUCAAUUACAAACAAGAUCAUGGACAAAAAUUCCUUUAUUUGAUCAUAAAAAUCGAUUACUCAGUGGACGCUGGAAAGUACCGGCGAGAAAUUUACCAAUACAAUAUGAUGCAAGUUUAGCAAUUGUUAGCAUGCUUCCUGCUGCUGGAAUGAUGGAACUACAUUAUCGAUUGGUAAACUAUAAAGAUGCGGAGGAACAAACGAAUGCUCCGUUAUCCCCAACAUUCAGAGAUUUAUAUGCGUAUGUUCCUCAGCUCAAUAAGGAAAUUAAACCAAAAGAGCCUUAUACACUUGGCUAA